CAGCGUUCCGUUAUCUGUAUAGCCUCGAUCGUUUUCUUUCCCAUGAGCUGCUCGACUGGCGAUCACAAUUCACUCCCAGCAAAGCCGCGCCAAAGUCUGGUUGCUCUAGGAGCGUCGGUUGUUGACUUCCGUCAUGUCGGAACUUCUUGUUUCGCUCCGAAGUUACUUCAAAACCAGCUAUGUCGUCACCGACAACAACUUGUGUAGACUUCACUACAAGGCUUCGGUGGCCAUUCUGCUGGCUUUCAGCAUCUUGGUGACGGCCAAACAGUACAUCGGUGAUCCUAUCGAUUGCGUCGCACCAAAAGACUCGAUCGACCUGAAGAUGUUGGACACCUACUGCUGGAUCCAUAAGACGUUCAGUGUAGAGACGGCGUUCAAAGGAGAACUCGGCAACGAGGUGGCCUACCCGGGAGUGGCUCCCAACAAACCUGGCGACAAACUCGUCUACCACUCUUACUAUCAAUGGGUGUGCUUCGUGCUGUUACUUCAGGCAGGUGCAUUCUAUGCGCCUCGUUUCAUCUGGAAACUAAUCGAGGGCAGUCGUGUGCAGCAUCUGUCAUGUAGCCUGUCGGAUCCCGUUUACGAUUCAGUCACUUGCAAAAAACAAAUCAAGCUCAUCACCGCAUACAUGGAUGCGAACGCUGGAAAUCACAAGUUCUAUUUCGGCGGUAUGGUAUUCGUGGAAGUGCUGUACUUUGCGAACGUCAUCCUCCAGAUGUACAUCAUGGACUUGUUCCUCGGGGGUGAAUUCUCCACGUACGGCUGGAAGGUGCUGACAUUCACGGAAUGGCACUGGGAGGCACGCUACGAUCCCAUGAUCAAAGUUUUCCCAAGAAUGGCCAAAUGCACCUUCCGUAUGUACGGUACAUCCGGUGACAUUCAGAAACUGGACGCUGUUUGCGUUCUGCCGAUCAAUAUCAUCAACGAGAAAAUCUACGUCUUCCUCUGGUUCUGGUUCGUCGGGCUCGCGUUCGCCACUGCCGGAUGGCUCGUUUACAGAACGGCGACAGUGAUGCUGCCCUCGAUGCGAUUAUGGUUGCUGAGGAGGAAGGCCCGCACUGUUCCAGACUCCUUCCUCGAGGUCGUGUCCGCAGAUGCGUCUGAUUGGUUCAUCAUCUAUCAGGUCUCGAAAAACAUCGAUGCUUCGCACUUCAGACAAUUCAUCGAGAGGUAUGCCAAGAUCCGGGGCGACCCCUUAGCCCAGAAACUCCACGGUGAUAGCGACAAUGAGGACGAUGGAAGUGGCGAUACGAAGGAAUAGAAUUGAACAAAGGGCAGUGAUCGACUCCCAGAAGCUUUGUACACUAUGAUGGUUCCACUGGUUACAUUGUAUUCACGUGCGACGAAUGAAUAAAUUAGUAAAUUAUUUAUGUUAUUAUAACAGA